AUGGAGCACUCAGCGCAGCCUCUGACGCCGGAGCUCGGCCACGAUGGCGCCAGCGUAUCUCUAUCGGGAUCUGCUACUAAGAAGCUGGUACCUGGAAUUGAGUCUCCCAGUGAGCCUGCCGACUACGAUGUCGUGACUGUUGAGCGAGUUUAUCGCAAGAUCGACCGGCGAAUCAUUCCUGCUUUUUGGAUCCUAUACUUUCUCUGCUCCGCCAUUCGCUCCAACAUUGGAAUCGCCCAGACCAUGAACAUCGACGUGCACCAUGAUCUUGUCACGGUCCUCAAACUGACCCCGAAAGAUAUCUCCACCGCCCUUGCCCUAUUUUACGUCUCCUACGUCAUCUUUGACUUUCCGUCGAACCUCAUCAUGAGCAAGCUUGGCCCUCGCGUGUGGAUGGCCCGCAUCGUCUUCGCCACUAGUGUCGUCGGCGCGUGCUUUGCCGCCGUCAACGAUGCCUGGAGCCUCAAGCUGCUGCGGUUCCUCCUAGGACUGGUCAUUGCCGGCAUGUGGCCCGGGAUGGCAUUCUACCUCACGCUGUUCUACCCGCCGUCUAGGACGGGAAAGCGGAUCGGCAUGUACUUUACCGCGUCCCAGGUUUCCGCUGCCGUCGUCGGCCUUGUCUCGGCGGGGUUUCAACUCAUGGACAAUGUUGCAGGACUCGAAGGCUUCCGCUGGAUGUUUCUAAUCUACGGGUUGGUUGGUGUGGUUCUUAGUGUGAUCCUCAUUUGGUGGCUGCCUGACAGGCCGCUCGCCCCUGGUCAAGUCAGGGAGAAGACUGGCUUGUUCAAGUUCCUUCCCUCGACACCGGAAGCGCUCACUGGCGAGGAUGCAGUUAUUCACUACCAUGAUCUCAAGCGUGUAUAUCACGCUCGACCCUGGGGCUUCAAAGACCUUGGUCUUGUUCUUUUGGACUGGCGACUGUGGCCGCUGACACUCAUGUACUUUGGCGUAGUCGGUGUUGGUAUCGGCACACAGCUCUACGGCUCAGUCAUUAUUCGCGCCAUCCGGCCCCAAGCUGGAGGUAUCGAGAUUAGCUUGCUCUUUGCCCCUAUCUGGAUUAUGGACCUCAUCGCUAUUCUGCUCGUUACCCCGGUUUCCGACCGCUUCCACCAGUACAGAGCGUACUUCUUUUCUGCCGCUGUCUGCGUUCAGAUUGCCGGCCUGUUAAUGACUACCUUUGCCCACGGCUGGGCUCGCUAUGGCGGUCUCCUCAUGGUCGGAUUCGGUCUCGGACCGACCGUGCCAAUAUGCAUGGCUUGGAGUUCCGAGAUCUUUCAGCGCCGCCACGGCGAGGUUGGCGUCGCCGCGGCCACUGCGUUGGUGUCUGGUCUGGGCAACCUGGGCAGCGUGACUACAACCUAUGCCUUGUACACUGGCUGGCCAGAAGAUGCCAAGGCUGGACCUCGCCAGUACCGCUACAGCAAUCUCACUAUGAUUGGAAUUCUGUGCAUGAGCAUACUCAGCGCCUUCACCAUGGUGUUUUUGCUCAAGGUCUUGGGAAAUCCGCCAAGCAAGAAACUUUACGAAGGUGACUCUGCCAGCGAUUUCGAAGAUGGUGCUGCUCGACGAGAGCGACAACAGCGCGGUUUUGGUAGAUUCGGCCGUGCCAGUACGUCGCAGGCAUAA